AUGGCGCCGCCGACUAAGCAGCAGGGGACCAGGCGGAACAUCCACAGAAGUCCAGUGAAAGCAUCACCGAUUUCAGCAUUUGGGUGGAACACAGGUAAUGCCGAAAUGAGAGGAUGGGGCUUUGUUCGCGGGUCCUGUGUAGAAAUCACUGAGGAAGACAGCUUCCGCAUUGCGCCAGAAAUGCUUCAAGGCACGGUCGAGAACAACUCGAGCGGGUUGAGAUGGUUCACUAGCGGGCCUCCAACGCAUGUGCACCUUCAACCACAGUUGCAAGACUCACGCCAAAUCUGGUGGCAAAGUGCUGUACCAUCUGGUACAACAGGAACCGACCAAACUGGUCAUAGAGAAGGGCCGAUGGCCUCAGUGGGUGAGUUUCUGUUGGCAGUUCAGGAUGAUAGUAUCGAACGUAGAGUGUCUGGCAUGGUACAGCUGUGGGAGAGAGCCCCCUGA